AGCGGAUCUUUGAAAUGUCCUUUGGGGGGAAGGUUGUCGCGUUCACGGGCAAGCUCGAGACAUGCACACGCGCGGAAGCAGCGACGAAGGUAAAGGACGCGAGCGGUGCUGUCUCGUCUUGCGUGACGAAGAAGACGACGCAUUUGGUCGUGGGCGGUGACGGCAAAGUUGACAAGGCAGCACCGGGAGUUGUGAUUUGGACAGAGGCAGAGUUCAUGGCGGCGUUGUCAUCCAGCACAGACGAGACAGAGGAACCUGCACCACUCAUCCCUGUGACGGUCAAAAGCGACGCGACGACAUCUAAAUUGUUGGAGGGAAAGGUAGUCGCGUUCAUGGGAAAACUCGCGACGUAUACGCGAGCAGAAGCGGCGUCCAAGGUCAAAGCUGCCGGUGGAGAGGUGUCUUCCAGCGUGACGAAAAAGACAACGCACUUGGUUUCGACGGAAAAUCAUAAGGCGGUACCCGGGGUGGUGGUGUGGACUGAAGCGCAGUUCACGGCGGCGCUUGCACCUGGCGACGCGGGAGCAGGACCUGCAUCACCGAUUGCCACCGAUGUGAAAAAGGAAACAUCAUCAUCUCCAGCAAUUGGCAAAGGGAAAAAACGUAUGGCGUCUGCGGACGCGCCGGCGACGCCCGUGAAGAAAGCCAAGGUCAAACACAGUGCCGAGUUGCCUGUCGAGUCGCCCAUUCGCAUCACGACUCGAAAACCCGACAAGCACUUGGCAUCGCGGGAUCAAUUCACAAUUGUCAACGACUUCACGGCGGAUUUGAUGCAAACCAACAUUGGCGAGAACAACAACAAGUUUUACAUCAUUCAACUGCUCCAGUCCACGCAAUCCCGCUACCUCGUGUUCACGCGAUGGGGGCGGCUCGGCGACGUGGGGCAGCAGCAGCUUGUCGAUUGUGGCGAUAGCCUUGACAAAGCAAUGCAGCUUUUUGAAAAGAAGUUCAAGGACAAAACCAAGAACAACUGGUGUGAUCGGUACGCAUUCGUCAAACGGGACUUUCAAUAUCAGUUGGUUGAGCUCGAUGCGUCCGAGUCGGGAGACGGCGGCGGUGGCGGGGACGCGGCCAUGGGCAAGUUGUCGGCUGCCCAGAUCGAGAAAGGCCAGGCAGUGCUGGAGAAACUCAAAACUGCCAUUCAACAAGAUCCCAAUGCCGUGACAGCUCUGUCUGGCGAAUACUACUCGCUCAUCCCGACUCUGAGCGGCCGCCAGCGGCCGCCCCCGCUCACCACGAUGGAACGGAUUGAAGAAAAGGCGGCUUUGCUUGACUUUUGGCUUCGGAUGGGAUUUGACGACAUGGGAGAGCAAUCGGGCUUGGCUCCAAUUCAAGGCAUCAUGGACUUGCCAUUGCCAACGAGUCUGUUGGCUGCCUCGUCUGGCAUCACUACUGCCGCCGCGAUCAAGCAGAGCCUGUCUCGAGGGGCAGAGCUGGCCAAGAGCAACGCAGGAUCGCCGACAGGUCCUAUGAACAAGGAUUUAUAUGGCUCCAUCGUGCUGUACACUGGAAAUUGGAUCUACGCUCAGCUCAACUCGACCUUGCGGUCCGAGAACCGACAAGCCAUUCGAAAGUACUUUAGCUACCUUCGCGUGUUCCUGGAGGCCAUGUGCCGCAUGCCCCAAAAGGAACAAACGCUGUGGCGUGGCGUGAGCGUCGAUUUGUUCGACGCAUACGAAGAAGGCAAAAUCAUCACGUGGUGGGGCGUCAGCAGCUGCACGUCGGACGAAAACGUUGCACGUAACUUUAUGCGAAGCUGCGGCGGGUCGUGCACGCUGCUCCGUGUCAAGUGCAAGACUGCGAUGGACAUUUCCGUGCUGUCCAUGUUCCCAGGAGAGAAAGAGUGCUUGCUGGCGCCUGGCACGCAGCUCAGAGUGCUCCAGCGUGUGCGCCAUGGCAACAUUGCGGAAAUUGACGUCGAAGAAGUCGGCCGAGCGAUUUGAGAGACGGCACUGCAGAAUGUGGCAUUGCCUGACGUGGACAGAUGCUGUCCGACGUCGUCCAAGCCAAGAGAUGGCCAUGCGGCAUGCCAUAGCUCGUCCUUUUGAACCGUGGCGCACUCCAUCUCUUGACAUGACGUUUCUCGCUCACACAAGUCCA